AUGGAUAAGGGUGAAGCAACAAAGCAAGCCCGAAACAUAGUCCUAGUAGGUCGUGCAGGGAAUGGGAAAAGUGCCACGGGGAACAGCCUCAUUGGACAAAAAGUGUUUGAGUCAGAAGCACAUGAAAAAUGUCAGGCGCAUGGAGCUGUCAUGGGAGAUAAUCUCACAAUCAACGUGAUUAAUACUCCAGAUCUGUCUGACAUGGGUUUACCCGCUGAGUUUAUAAAUAGAGAAAUCGUUAGAUUCCUAACUCUAGCGGAAGGAGGGAUACACGCUGUGGUCUGGGUUCUAUCUGCAAGGUCGACUCAAAUUACGGUAGAGGAUUUGAGCACACUUGGAAUCUUGCAUGCUCUAUUUGGGAGUGAAAUCGCUGCUUAUGUUACCAUCGUUUUCACGGGCGGUGAUAUGCUGGAAGAGGAGGGUGUGACACUAGACGAGUUCUUGGGUAGAGAAGAUUGUCCUCCCUUCGUAAAGGAAGUUUUGAAGAUGUCUGGUAACAGAAUGGUUCUGUUCGACAACAAAACUCAUGAUGAAGGCAAGAAGGCUGAGCAAGUCAAUAAGCUUCUCUCUCUAGUAGAUGAAAUUAAACGGAAUAACCAUGGACAGUCAUAUACUGAUGGCAUGUACAAUGAGAUAAAGGAACAUAGCGACAAACUAAGCAAGGAGCUUGAGGAGCUUGAAGCAAAGAAUCAUCCAGCUGAUUUGGAAUCAGAGUUGAAAGAUCAGUUGCAUGCAUCGUUUGAAGAGAGUAUGACCCUUAUGUCUAACGAGGUGGAGAAGAAGCUGAAAGCUGCAGAAGAAGAGCUGAAAGCUGCUGUGCACGCGCAGGAGCAAGAGAAGGAUUCGAUGGGAACAUGUGAUGGCUGGUACGAAGCGAAGAAGUUCUUUGCAACAUGGAGUUGGGAUUUAGCGAUGUACCUCGCGCAGAAUCCUCCUGGUCGUUGGGGGAGCGGUGGCGGUAGUUAUCGUCCUUCUCCACGUCAAUUUAAUAUGCGCCUCUAA